AUGCCUUUUCUGCGUUUGUCAACAAGGUUCUUGGAGGAAGGCACUGCUAUCACAAACGCCGUCUACCAGGAUACUAAACUCCGUCGCGCUGUUCUUAAAAAGAUUACCCUCGCAGGCCAAGCUGCCAAUCUUAAGAGCUUUAAGAUUCCCAAGGCGGUGUUGAUUGAACCCAAACCAUUCACGGUCGAAGGAGGCAUGCUGACACCGACCCUCAAGGUCAAGCGCCACCCUGUCGUCUAA